CCACCCCCACCCCCGGGUAUUGCGUGUCAAAAUAAACGCGGGGUUGUGGUUUCCCAAUUUCAGUUUGACUACCUUUUAGCUUGGUUUCUCUCAACAGUUCAUCUCCCUGAAAUUCGGCUGCAUCGACUUCAACAAUGUCAAGCUUGGAGGAACCUCUUAGUCUUGACAGGUUGCCAAGGCUGAGCAAUAUUGAUCGGAUGGACGGUAGAUUCUCGUCCAAUGCGUGUAGGCCUGUGGGGGACGAUGGAAUGGGGGAGCGCUGGAUUGACGGGAGAAACUGCAGCUCAUCUAACAGCUGCGACGAAGAUUUUGAUGAAUAUGGCAGAGGGAGCUAUGGAUGGAAAAGACAAUUUAGGGAUAGGCCAUAUAAUGGUGUCUCAAACCGAAGGAGCUUUUCCGGGGGCUGGAGGAAUGUGUUAUUCAAUGGUGUACCAAAGUACGUGAAGAUUGUGGAAGUUGGACCGAGGGAUGGGUUACAGAACGAAAAGAAUAACGUUCCUACAUCUGUAAAGGUUGAAUUGAUUCGUAAAUUAGUUUCCUGUGGAUUGCCUGUGGUCGAAGUUACGGGCUUUGUUUCACCAAAAUGGGUCCCGCAGUUAUCGGAUGCAAAGGAUGUAAUGCAAGCAGUUAAGAACUUGGAAGGUGCAAGAUUGCCUGUAUUGACUCCUAAUCUAAAGGGCUUUGAAGCGGCUAUUGCAUCUGGAGCCAAAGAAGUAGCGGUUUUUGCGUCUGCUUCCGAGUCUUUCUCAAAGGCGAACAUUAACUGUAGCAUUGAGGAGAGUCUUGUUCGUUAUCGAGCUGUUACAUCUGCCGCUAAGAAGCUAUCCAUACCGGUUCGCGGGUACAUAUCCUGUGUUGUUGGCUGCCCAGUUGAAGGAGCAAUUUCGCCUUCAAAAGUUGCAUAUUUGGCCAAGGAACUUCAUGAUAUGGGUUGCUUCGAGAUCUCACUGGGGGACACUAUAGGAGUUGCUACGCCCGGCACCGUCAUUCCCAUGCUCGAAGCCGUGAUGGCGGUUGUUCCCGUUGAGAAGCUUGCCGUCCAUUUCCAUGACACUUACGGACAAUCUCUUCCAAAUAUCCUAGUUUCUCUCCAAAUGGGAGUUUGCACUGUCGACUCCUCGGUCUCCGGUUUAGGAGGCUGCCCUUAUGCCAAAGGAGCCACGGGGAAUGUCGCCACCGAGGAUGUGGUCUACAUGCUCAAUGGCCUCGGUGUGAAAACGAACGUCGACCUGGGAAAGCUGUUGCAGGCUGGUGAAUUUAUCAGCAAGCAUCUGGGACGCCAGUCGAGCUCCAAGGCCGCCAUUGCGUUGACCCGAGUUUCUGCAGAUGCUUCUAAAAUAUAACAAGAUUGUUUCUUGAUCGAUUAUUCCACGAGAUUUCAGUACUUGAAGACAGUUCAAGUCUUCCAUAACUAUAUAUAUAUAUAUAUGUUAGCAGUUUUAAUGUGUAGUGUUGUAUCGUGGAUACAACAUAUUUACGUACUUGUCGAUUGUUUAUUCAGACACCAUAGAUAUUGCAAUGGAAGAACCUUCCAUACUUUAUCAGAAAUUCAUGGUAAUUUGAGUUUCUAUAGAAAGAUAAAAUCUUGAAAACCA